AUGGCUAUGAAUGGUGGAGUUGGCAGCAGAAACGAAGUGGGGUGUUGGGAUAAAGAGUACGAGUUCAAAGGUGGUGGUACGGUAGCAAGGGUUGUGGUUAAAGGAUCAGGGGUGUAUCGUUCAAAAGAGGGUGGUUAUGGCGGCAAAGAAGAUGUUGAUGUUGGUGGUAAAAACGAAGGUGGAGGUGAUGGUUGUUAUGCCGACGAUGGUGGAGGUGAUGGUUGUUGUGUCGGCGACGGUGGAGUAGAAGGAGGUGGCAUCAGUGGUGUUGGAGGAGUAGGAAGAAGAAGAGGAAGUGGUGAUGGUGGAAGAGAAAGAAGAGGAGGAAGUGGUGGUGAUAGAGGAAUCAGGGGAAGAAUUGGUGAUGGUGGAGGUGGUGACGAUGAUGGUGAUGGUGGCAGAAGGGUAGGGUGGGAAGGUGGUAGGGGGAGAGGGGGACAGGUGGGAUGA